UCUCCUCUCUCCUCCUGUGAAGAGCAAGUGGUGCAGUGGACAGUGUGAGGUGUCACCAUGCCGCUGGUCAAGAGGAACAUCCACCCGCGUCACCUCUGCCGGGGAGAACUUCCUGAGGGCAUCGGCAGUGAGCUGGAGUGUGUGAUGAACAACACUCUGUCUGCCAUCAUCCGCCAGCUCAGCAGCCUCAGCAGACACGCAGAAGACAUAUUUGGCGAGCUGUUCAAGGAGGCCAACGCCUUCUACCUGCGUGCCAACUCUCUGCAGGACCGCAUCGACCGGCUGGCUGUCAAGGUGACGCAGCUGGACUCCACCGUGGAGGAAGUUUCCCUGCAGGACAUCAACAUGAGGAAGGCCUUCAAGAGCUCCACCACUCAGGACCAGCAGGUGGUGUCCAAGAGCAGCGUGCCCAACCCCGUGAAGGAGAUGUACAACCUGAGUGACAAGCCCCCGCCCCUCAGCAUCCUCUCGUCCUACAGGGACGACCACAAGGAGGCGCUGAAGUUCUACACCGACCCCUCCUACUUCUUUGACCUGUGGAAGCAGAAGAUGCUGCAGGACACGGAGGACAAGAGGAAGGAGAAGCGCAAGCAGAAGGAGCAGAGGCGCGGUGUGGACGGCACGCUGCAGAGGGAGGUGAAGAAGGUGCGCAAGGCCAGGAACCGCAGACAGGAGUGGAACAUGAUGGCUCUGGACAAGGAGCUGAGGCCGGACCACCGCCACACCAUCCACAGAGACCGGGGGGCCUCCUCUGAGGGCUCGCUGUCUCCAGAGAACAGGGUUGGAGACCACUACGCCAACGCCUUGAACCACGCCGGCCACGCCCACACCUACUCGGGCCCCCCGCCUAGCGUCCUGGCAGCACACAUGGGCCACGCCCCUGGCGCUGGAAGGGGAAGGGGCGUGGCUUACCAGGGGGCCACGCUGGGCCGCAGCCACCACCAGGCGGCGCUGCCUCCUCCACCCGUGGAGGCCAUGAAUGGGGGCUCGGCGUCCCUCCCGCCCAUGGACUACAGCAUGGAGGGCUAUGCCAACACAGGACCACCGCCCCCGCCCCCCGCCCCACUCAUCCCCUCUGCCCAGACCGCCUUCGCCUCACCACCUGGAGGUCCUGUGUCUCCUGGGCCCAUGGUUGGCAGCGGGGCCUAUGCCCCCCUUGCACCACACCAGGCUGUGCCACCGCCUCCUGGUCCCCCGCCACCCCCCGUGCCAGCCGGUGCCCACAAGAUGGAGGGCAGCGUGCUCAAUGACGCCCGCAGUGACCUGCUGGCGGCCAUUCGUAUGGGCAUCCAGCUGAAGAAGGUGCAGGAGCAGCAGGAGCAGCAGGCCAAGAGGGAACCUGUGGGCAACGACGUGGCCACCAUCUUGUCUCGCCGCAUUGCUGUGGAAUACUCUGAUUCUGAGGAAGAGUCGGAGCUGGAGGACAACGAUUGGUCCGACUGACCAUUGGCCCGACUGACAGAGGACAACAAUUGGUCUGACUGACUUGUUGGUCCGACUGACGGUUGGUCCAACUCCUGGAGGACAAGAAUUGGUCCGACUGGCUGUCGACAAUGAUUGGUCCGAGUGACGGUCGGUCCGACUGACUGUUGGUCCGACUGACGGAGUACAACGAUUGGUCCGACUGACCAUUGGCCCGACUGACGGAGGACAACAAUUGGUCCGACUGACGGUUGGUCCAACUCCUGGAGGACAAGAAUUGGUCCGACUGGCUGUCGACAAUGAUUGGUCCGAGUGACGGAGUACAACGAUUGGUCCGACUGACUGUCCGUCCGACUGACUGUUGGUCCGACUGACUGACUGUUGGUCCGACUGAAGGAGGACGAUUGGUCCAACUGACAGUUGGUCUGACUAAUGCAGGACAACGAUUGGUCUGACUGACUGUUGGUCUUACUGACGGAGGAAGAUUGGUCCAACUGACGGUUGAUCCGACUGACGGAGGACAACGAUUGGUCCGACUGACGGUCGGUCCGACUGACUGUCGGUUUGACUGACGGUUGGUCCAACUCCUUGGGGACAAUAAUUGGUCCGACUAACUGUUGGUCUAACUGACGGUUGGUCCGACUGAUGGAGGACAAUGAUUGGUCCGAUUGACAGUUGGUCCGACUGACGCAGGACAACGAUUGGUCCGACUGACUGUCGGUCUGACUGACUGUUGGUCUGAUUGACGGAGGACAAUUGGUCCGACUGACGAAGGACAACAAUUGGUCCAACUGACGGUCGAUCUGACUGACUGAUGAUCCGACUGACAGCGAACAACGAUUGGUCCGACUGACCGUGGACGAUUGGUCCAACUGACGGAGGAUAACGAUUGGUGCGACUGACGGAGGACAACAAUUGGUCCAACUGACGGUCGGUCCGACUGACUGUCGGUUUGACUGACGGUUGGUCCAACUCCUUGGGGACAACAAUUGGUCCGACUGACUGUUGGUCUAACUGACGGUUGGUCCGACUGAUGGAGGACAAUGAUUGGUCCGAUUGACAGUUGGUCCGACUGACGCAGGACAACGAUUGGUCCGACUGACUGUCGGUCUGACUGACUGUUGGUCUGAUUGACGGAGGACAAUUGGUCCGACUGACGAAGGACAACAAUUGGUCCAACUGACGGUCGAUCUGACUGACUGAUGAUCCGACUGACAGCGAACAACGAUUGGUCCGACUGACCGUGGACGAUUGGUCCAACUGACGGAGGAUAACGAUUGGUGCGACUGACGGAGGACAACAAUUGGUCCAACUGACGGUCGGUCUGACUGACUGUUGAUCCGACUGACAGCGAACAACGAUUGGUCCGACUGACCGUGGACGAUUGGUCCAACUGACGGAGGAUAACGAUUGGUGCGACUGACAGUCGACAACAAUUUGUCCGACUGACUUGCUCUGACUGACGGCAAAAAACGAUUGGUCUGACUGACCGUGGACGAUUGGUCUGACUGACCGUGGACGAUUGGUCUGACUGACCGUGGACGAUUGGUCUGACUGACCGUGGACGAUUGGUCUGACUGACUGUCGACAGCGAUCUGUCCGACUGACGAAGGACGAUUGGUCCGACUGACGGUUGGUUUGACUGACAGGACAACGAUCGGUCCGACUGAUGGUUGGUCCGACUGACGGAGGCAAGAAGUGAUACUUGCUGUUUGUUUAUAGAAUAUAGUGUAAUUGUGAGCACUUCCUGCAAGAUUCACCUUAUGUAAUAACACACCUUUAAUACCACACCUGUAUUAUCACACCUGUCAUGUUGCCAGUGUUGGAACUUCCCUUUUAGCCAUGUGUGUAGGCUGACCUUUGACCCAGAGAGGAAUUAAACAGAUGGAGGAUGAA